GAUGUCUGAGAUUCGCCGAAAACUUGUAAUCGUUGGUGACGGUGCUUGUGGAAAGACCUGUCUUUUAAUUGUUUUUUCCAAGGGUACCUUUCCAGAACAAUUUUUUAACAAGUUAAUUAGUAGUGACUCUGAGAAAUUUCCACAAUUUGUCUCUAAAAGACGAUGGUUGAUUACUUCAAUUAAAGUUUUUGGUAGUAUAGCAGCAAGAGUCUACGUUCCUACCGUAUUUGAAAAUUACGUUGCAGACGUAGAAGUAGAUGGAAAACACGUUGAAUUGGCUUUAUGGGACACAGCUGGUCAGGAAGAUUAUGACCGUCUUCGACCACUUUCUUAUCCAGACUCUCAUGUAAUUUUGAUUUGCUUUGCUGUCGAUUCUCCUGAUUCUUUAGAUAAUGUACAAGAAAAGUGGAUCUCAGAGGUAAUGCAUUUCUGCCAAGGAUUACCUAUCAUUUUAGUUGGUUGUAAGAAAGACUUGAGGUUCGAUUCCAAGACAAUCGAAGAGUUACGUAAGACGUCUCAGAGACCCGUGACACCGGAAGAGGGAAUGGGCGUUGCAACGAAAAUCGGCGCAUACAAAUAUUUGGAAUGUUCAGCAAAAACAGGUGAGGGUGUUCGUGAAGUAUUCGAACAUGCCACACGGGCGGCACUUUUGGCUAAGAGAAAGCCAAAAAAGCACAGUCUAUGUACAACUUUGUAG